AUUCCAACUUAUUUGGCCGUAAUUAUUGUUAUAGUUAUUAUACUUCCUCUAAUUUCUUGCUUUUACUUUAUUUACCGUGCAAUAUGCAGGAUAACAGUGAACCAAUAUGUAUAUUUCAUUGGGUUAAAGAAUUCAACUCCAACGGUUGUUUCCGCAAUUGAUAAUCUAAUCCCAGCUUUCACGUUUCUCAUAGCCGUACCCGUGGGGGCUGAAAAAUUGAGGUUGAGAAGUAUAGCAGGACAAGCCAAGUUAUUGGGGACAAUAGUAUGUGUUGGAGGUGCUAUGUUAUUGUCAUUAUAUCAUGGCAAAGUGGUGAUUGGUCAAUUGGGGUUUCACUGGAAAUAUGCAGAAAGUACUGGUAAAGAUGUUAAUUCUUCUGGCCAUGGCAACUUUUUUUCUGGACCUUUUCUAGUCAUAAUGAGCAGUCUCACUUAUGCUAUUUGGUUAAUUAUUCAGGGAAAGGUAAACGAGAAGUAUGCAGCUCCAUAUACAUGCAUAACAUUGAUGUGCUUAAUGGCAAGUGUGGAGAGCGUGAUCAUUGGCUUUUGCGUCGUCCCAAAACUUUCUGAAUGGGCUUUAAACCCCAUUAGAGCUAUCUCAGUUGUUUAUAAUGGAGUUGUGUGUACGUCAUUUGCAUAUUUUCUGAGCUCGUGGUGCAUUGAAAGAAAAGGUCCUUUAUAUGUCUCGAUGUUCAACCCAUUGCUGUUGGUUAUUUCUGCAUUUCUUAGUUGGACUUUGCUUCGUGAGAAAUUGUACCUUGGAGUAGUUGUAGGGUCAAUCAUAAUUGUGAUUGGGCUUUACGGCUUUCUCUGGGGUCAAAAAAUGGAGACAAGUACAAACGACGAUAUUGAGGUGGUGGUAAAUAAAGAGAAGAAUCAGUCCACUAAAAUUGAUUUGGAAUUGCAAUUACCUCAGAAUCCCAGCUUCAAUGGUCAUCCUUCAGCUGCCAGAACUGAACUAUGACGGAGCAAAUAUGUAAUACUAGAAGUACUGGACUUGUAAUAUGAAAUUAAUCUCUUGCAAUUUGUGCAUAAGAUUAUUUAUAUCAUACAAUAUAAGAAAACCUUUUACUUUUCA